CUUACAUUGGACACCUACCACUUGGACAUUGUCAAUAGAUAGAACAUUCCCGAGAAACCUGUCCUUUAUUGAUGCAUCCUCCUGAAGAUCAUGCCAUGACCUGAACCGCGAUCAGCUGAAUCCAGCACCAAUAUUGUCGACUCUAGGGUGAUACGGGAAUCCUACUGCUAGUUGUCUGAAUUCAGACAGAAAGGGUCAGAAUGUCUUCCGGACACGGAGACUCUAAGCUCUUUGCCAGGGGCAAAGUGGCUGAGCUACGAGCGGAGCUCACCAAUCCGGGCAAAAAGGACAAGAACCACACCACGAAGAAGAAUGCACUGAAGAAGAUCGUCGCCAAUAUGACCAUGAGUAACAACGACAUGGUUGCACUGUUUCCAGAUAUCGUGGCUUGCAUGGAUAUCCCGGUCCUCGAGAUCAAGAAGAUGUGUUUCUUGUACCUUCAGCAUUAUGCUCGAAUGAAACCGGAUAUUGCUUUGCGAGCGUUGCCGGUGCUGGAAGAGGAUCUCCUGGACUCGAACCCCUUGAUUCGAGCACUUGCCUUACGCACUAUAUCAUACGUCCACGUUCGAGAAUUCGUUGAAGGCACGAUCGCCCCACUGAAAAAAUUAAUGGUUGACCAAGAUCCCUAUGUCCGGAAAACAGCCGCCAUCACCGUCGCCAAAAUCUAUGACCACGACAAACGGCUGGUCGAGGGAUCAGACCUAAUUGAUAGACUCAAUAGAAUGCUGAAGGACGACAACCCUACUGUCGUUGCAAGUGCACUUUCUGCCCUGCAGGAUAUCUGGGAGAGGAGCGAAAAUAUCAAGUUGACAAUCGACUAUGCAAGCGCCUCCAAAAUCAUUUCGAUCUUACCCGACUGCAAUGAAUGGUCUCAGACCUACAUCUUGGAAGCACUGGUAUCCUACGUCCCACACGAAUCUGGUGAAGCUCUCUUACUGGCAGAACGAAUAUCAUCUCGGCUUUCGCACUCAAACUCUGCCGUGGUGCUUACGUGCAUCCGAGUGAUUAUGUACCUGAUGAACUACAUCUCCGACCAGAAGAAAGUCGACGAACUUGCCCGCAAAUUAUCCCCCCCACUCAUCACCCUCCUCUCUAAACCACCGGAGAUCCAGUAUCUCGCCCUGAGAAAUGCCAUACUCAUCCUGCAACAAAGACCUGAGGUCCUGCAAAAUGACAUCCGCGUGUUUUUCUGCAAGUACAACGAUCCGAUAUAUGUUAAGGUCACGAAACUGGAGUUGAUAUUCAUGCUGGCCAAUAAGAGCAACAUCUCUGUGGUUCUCAACGAGUUGAGGGAGUAUGCUACCGAGAUUGAUGUCCAGUUUGUGCGCAAAGCCGUUCGAGCAAUCGGAAAACUUGCAAUCAAGAUUGAGCCGGCGGCGCGGCAGUGUAUCGAUGCACUCCUGGAGCUUGUCAACGCCAAAAUUCCGUACAUCGUCCAAGAAGCAACAGUGGUCAUCAAGAAUAUUUUCCGCAAGUACCCCAACCAAUACGAAUCUGUCAUCUCCACCGUGAUCGGUCAGAUUGAUGAAUUGGAUGAGCCAGAGGCAAAGGCUGCCAUCAUUUGGAUCAUCGGAGAGUACGCUGACCGAAUCGAUAAUGCCGAUUCACUACUGCAAGACUACCUCUCAACUUUCCACGAGGAGCCUAUAGAGGUUCAAUUAGCAUUACUUACUGCAACAGUGAAACUCUUCCUCCACCGGCCCACAAAAGGCUCGUCCAUUGUUCCGCAAGUGCUCAAAUGGUGCACGGAGGAGUCUGACGAUCCGGAUCUUCGCGACCGAGGGUACAUGUACUGGCGCCUGUUGUCUACCGACCCAGUGACGGCAAAGAAAGUCGUCAUGGGAAUGAAACCACCCAUUACAGCCGAAAGCGAGAAGCUGGACCCAAUAACUCUGGAAGAGCUCUGCUUGGGGAUCGGGACCCUCGCCACCAUUUAUCUGAAACCAGUACAGCAAGUCUUCCGGUCUGCACGGACACGUCGGCUUCAGGAUUCCCCCGCGCUGCAAAGGAAGAGAGAAGACCUGACCCGCUCGCUGACCGGUCUGGAUCUUGCGAAUCCCCUUUCAUUGAACACCACCGUCACAACUCCAGGCGGCACAGCCGUGCCCAAUCAUCAAGCUGCGAUUGAAGCCGCCGACGAAUAUUUCAAGAAUCUGAGCUUGAGUGACAACAGUGGGGGUGAUAUCCUGACCAGUCCGACUGGCGGAGGAGUAGGAAACCCAUAUAUCGUCAGCCAGAGCGCCCCACAGCACAGCUUCCAUCCGCAAACGAGUGUCGCCAACAACGGAGAUCUCCUGUACUAGCAUUACAGGGAGGAGGAAGUCGAAGAGAGUGUGCAUGGCGCAUAAGCGAUGGUUGUUUACUUGGCGCGACAAACAGGACGGUUGUAAACGCAGGCUCCCCUAAUGCGCAUGUGGUAGUGGAAUCUCAUUCUUUCGGUCGAUACCAAAAUGGUCCGCUGCGUCUGGAGAGGUGAAAUAACACGGCAGACGUGUGACCCUUGACUCUCCUCGACAGGAACCUAUCAGGCCCUGUACUUUGUUGUAUAGCUAGUUCGAGCUGUAGAGAAGACGUGUUUCAGGGGAUCGCGCAGCGGUAUUCGCGCCCCGGCGACUCCAAGCCGACGUCAU